AUGGGAAAGGAUACGGAAAGAACUCCACUUCUCCUCUCAAGCGCAGAGUUCCGGAAGAGUCAAACAAGUUUAAACUCCCAUUCAAGUGAUUCCUCCAUCGAUGAGUCUACUGUCAAGCUCACAAACUAUGGAUUGUUCUCGUACACCAGAGGCAAAGAUCUCAUUCUUCUCAUUGUUGGAACCAUUGCAGCAGUCAUUCAUGGAGCUGGGUUUCCACUUCUUGCCAUCGUUCUCGGAGGAAUGACAACCGUUUUCUUACGUGCUCAAAACUCGGAUUUUGUCGUUGGAGUUGGAAAUGUAAACCCGAAUGGAUUGGAACCGAUCUCGAUUGAUGAAUUCAAUUCGGAAGUCGUCAAGUAUUGCAUCUAUUAUCUGAUUCUUGGAGUUGCGAUGUUCGUGACUUCAUACGUGCAGAUUGCUUGUUUCGAAUCGUACGCUGAAAAUCUUGUACACAAAUUGAGACAGAACUAUCUGAAGGCAAUUCUGAGACAACAGAUUCAAUGGUUCGACAAACAACAAACUGGAAAUUUGACAGCAAGACUGACAGAUGAUUUGGAGCGUGUCCGAGAAGGAUUAGGAGACAAAUUUGCUCUUUUGGUCCAAAUGUUUGCUGCUUUUCUAGCUGGAUACGGAGUCGGAUUCUUCUAUAGUUGGUCGAUGACUCUUGUCAUGAUGGGUUUCGCUCCAUUGAUUGUGCUUUCUGGAGCCAAAAUGAGCAAGAGUAUGGCGACACGGACAAAAGUGGAACAGGAGACGUACGCGGUGGCUGGAGCUAUUGCUGAGGAAACAUUCUCUUCAAUUCGAACUGUUCACUCUUUGAAUGGACAUAAAAGAGAGUUGGAUCGAUUCUGGAAUGCAUUAGAAAAUGGAAGAAAGACUGGAAUCGUGAAGUAUUGUUACAUGGGAAUUGGAGUUGGAUUCAGUAAUUUGUGCAUGUAUUCUUCGUAUGCUCUGGCAUUCUGGUAUGGAAGUACACUCAUUAUAAACGAUCCAACAUUCGACAGAGGACUGAUUUUUACUGUAAGUGUUGAACUGGAAUCUAGGUUUUUCUAUCCGGAAUUUACAAAUUGGGGAAAUGGCAUUUUGGGGAAAGUAGUUUUGGUAGUUUCGAUUUUCGAGGUCUUCUUCGCCGUGCUUUCCGGUUCCACUUCUCUUGGUGGUGCUCUUCCCCAUCUGGCCAGUUUUGGAACUGCUCGUGGAGCUGCUUAUACUGUCCUUCGUGUCAUCAAUUCUCACCCAAAAAUCGAUCCAUAUUCCCUUGAAGGACUUCUCGUUGACAAUAUGAAAGGAGACAUCUCAUUUCAAAAUGUUCAUUUCCGUUAUCCAUCUCGAAAAGACAUUCCAGUUUUGAAAGGAAUCUCUCUUGAAGUGAAAUCUGGCGAAAAAAUUGCAUUGGUUGGAUCGAGUGGGUGUGGAAAAUCGACAAUCGUCAAUCUUCUUCAACGGUUCUAUGAUCCAACAAAAGGAAAAGUUUCGAUUGAUGGAGUCGAUUUGAAAGAGAUUAAUGUGCACAGUCUCCGUGAGCAAAUUGGAAUUGUCAGCCAGGAACCAGUGUUGUUUGAUGGAACAAUUUAUGAGAAUAUCAAGAUGGGAAACGAGCAUGCAACUCAUGAUCAAGUAGUGGAAGCAUGUAAAAUGGCAAAUGCAAAUGACUUCAUUAAAAGAUUACCAGAUGGGUACGGUACUAGAGUUGGAGAGAAAGGAGUACAAUUGAGUGGAGGACAAAAACAGAGAAUCGCUAUUGCUCGUGCCCUCGUUAAGAAUCCCAAGAUCCUUCUACUCGACGAAGCAACAUCUGCUCUUGACACAGAAGCUGAAAGAGAAGUGCAGGCAGCUCUCGAUCAGGCGCAAGCAGGAAGAACUACUCUAAUCGUGGCUCAUCGUUUGAGCACAAUUCGAAAUGUGGAUAAGAUUUUCGUGUUCAAGGCUGGAAACAUUGUUGAAACUGGAAGCCACGAAGAAUUGAUGAACAAACAAGGAGUGUUCUAUGAUAUGACUCAAGCACAAGUGGUCCGACAACAGCAACAGGAAGCCGGAAAGGACAUUGAAGACACUAUCUCGGAAUCAGCUCAUUCCCAUCUCAGCAGAAAAUCUUCUACGAGAAGUGCGAUUUCCAUGGCAACAUCGAUUCAUCAGCUGGCGGAAGAAGUUGAGGAAUGCAAAGCUCCACCAACUCCAAUUUCAAAGAUCUUCAACUUCAAUCGAGACAAAAUUUGGUGGUUCAUUGGUGGAAUGUUUGGUGCAUUCAUCUUUGGUUCGGUUACUCCAGUGUUUGCUCUUGUUUAUGCCGAAAUCUUUAAUGUUUACUCUGAACCAGUCGAACAAAUGCAAUCUGAUGUCUAUUUCUGGUGUGGAAUGUUUGUGUUGAUGGGGAUCACUUUUUUCAUUGGAUUCUUCAUUUCUGCAAAUUGCCUCGGACGAUGCGGAGAGUCACUGACAAUGAAAUUGCGAUUUGAAGCAUUCAAGAACCUUAUGAGACAAGAUAUCGCAUUCUAUGAUGAUCUGAGACAUGGAACUGGAAAAUUGUGCACUAGAUUUGCUACUGAUGCUCCAAAUGUCAGAUAUGUAUUCACUCGUUUACCAGUGGUCCUCGCUUCAAUAGUUACUAUUUUGGGAGCUCUGGGAAUCGGAUUCUAUUAUGGAUGGCAACUGGCAUUGAUUCUUGUUGUGAUGGUACCUCUUCUCGUAAUGGGUGGAUACUUUGAAAUGCAAAUGAGAUUUGGAAAACAAAUAAGAGAUACUCAACUACUGGAAGAAGCUGGAAAAGUGGCAUCUCAGGCUGUUGAACACAUCAGAACAGUUCAUUCUCUCAAUCGGCAAGAACAGUUCCAUUUCACAUAUUGUGAAUACUUGAGAGAACCAUUCAACACGAAUUUGAAGCAUGCACACACCUACGGAGCAGUCUUCGCCUUCUCACAAUCUCUGAUCUUCUUCAUGUACGCAGUUGCAUUCUAUCUCGGAAGCAUUUUUGUGAAUCAACAUUCAAUGCAACCAAUUGAUGUCUAUCGUGUAUUCUUUGCAAUUUCAUUCUGUGGACAAAUGAUUGGAAACACGACUUCUUUCAUUCCGGAUGUCGUCAAAGCUCGUCUCGCUGCUUCUCUUCUCUUCUACCUCAUCGAACAUCCGACUCCAAUUGAUUCUCUUUCUGAAGCUGGAAUUGUAAAACCAAUCACUGGAAAUAUUUCAAUCCGAAACAUCUUUUUCAAUUAUCCAACAAGAAAGGAAACUAAAGUUUUGCAAGGAUUCACAAUAGAUAUCAAGCCAGGUCAAACUGUUGCCCUUGUUGGACACUCUGGAUGUGGAAAGUCAACGAUUAUGGGGCUUUUGGAGAGAUUCUAUAAUCAGGAUAAGGGAAUGAUUAUGAUUGACGGUGACAAUAUCCGAAACCUGAACAUCAGUUCUCUCCGACAACAAGUCUGUAUCGUCAGUCAAGAGCCAACACUUUUUGAUUGUACAAUUGGAGAAAACAUAUGUUAUGGAACAAACCGAAAUGUCACAUAUCAGGAGAUCGUGGAAGCUGCCAAGAUGGCUAACAUUCAUAAUUUCAUUCUUGGAUUGCCAGAUGGCUAUGAUACUCAUGUUGGAGAGAAAGGAACUCAAUUAUCGGGUGGUCAGAAACAAAGAAUUGCCAUUGCGAGAGCGUUAGUUCGAUCUCCAUCAGUACUGCUUCUUGAUGAGGCUACUAGUGCUUUGGAUACGGAAUCUGAAAAGAUUGUACAAGAGGCUCUCGACGCCGCCAAACAAGGACGCACAUGUCUUGUGAUCGCUCACAGGUUGAGCACAAUUCAGAAUAGUGACGUCAUCGCAAUUGUUAGUGAAGGAAAAAUCGUAGACAAAGGAACUCAUGAUGAAUUGAUGAGGAAGAGCGAAAUCUAUCAGAAAUUGUGUGAAACACAGCGAAUUGUCGAAAGCCAAUAA